AUGGAGAGUGAAAUUGAUGUAAAGGUCUAUUCAGAUCUCCCCAAGGAAAUCGGUCAAAGAAGAAAAAGGCAAUGGCCAAGGCUAAAGAAAGCGAGGGAAGAAGGAAAGAUAGUAUUCUUUAGCAAACCCGAGCCCAAUAAAUUGUUUACUGAAGGACAGUUUGUUCCUCUGUAGACUGAACAUUUAGAUUCUUUUAGGAACGGUCUCUCUACAGAUUGAACCCUUUACAUUUAUUUGAUGUAGUUGUUUUUCAGUAUAACGGGAGGUUGCGUGAGAUCAUUUGAAUCUAAAUAAUUGUUCCAAUCUCCGAGGCAGCUCUAUAGGUGUUAAUUACUCAGCUGCCAUUUAUUAUCUUUGUGUAAGACAUUGUUGUGUAACGUUUUUUAUUUGUUGUUUCUUUUGUAUACCAUGUUGUUGUGUAGAAACCUCUUGUAACCUCCAUCGGUACCACAUAUUAAUUUAUGCGCAGUUGCAACGCGAGAUACUUGUAUACGUAACUAGUUGAUUGAAUUGUCCCAUUCGAGAAGGAGUAUAUAAAUUUUAAAUUACUUUCUCUUAAUGUUCGAGGGAUUCGUUCCCCAACAAAGAGGAAAGCUCUUUUCACGUGGCUUAAUGAACGAAAGUACGAUAUCAUUUUCCUUCAAGAAACCUACAGUACUGUAGAUGUUGAAGAUAUCUGGAAGACGCAAUGGCAAGGUAAGCUUCAUUCUGCACAUGGUUCUAAUCACAGUUGUGGGGUGAUGAUUUUAGUGAGAAGUGACCUUGAUUUUAGCGUUAAGUCCGUUAAUUUGGAUAGCGAGGGCCGCUCAAUUAUAAUGGAAGCUGAGGUACAAGGCUCAUUAUUCUUGUUUGUUAAUAUUUAUGCUCCCAACAAGGUUCAGGAUCAAUGCCGUUUUUUUGAAAAUUUAAAUAAAAACAUUGAACAUUUCGCUGUUAACAAA